UGGGCAUGUUCAGGCCAAACAGCGAAGCUGCCAAGAAAGUGGCGCUAGCGUCGUCAGGCUCCUCCACCACCAUGAAGGUCAUCAAGGAGCAGUACAGGAACCUGGGACCCAUCACAUUCCACGAGAGGUCGUCCGGUCUGCUGUUCAUCUUCGCUGUGUUCCUGUACAUCUUCAGGAAACCAGGCUUCAUGCGGGGCUGGGCUGACGUCAUGACGGACUUGAAAGUAAAGGACGGUGUGACAUCAAUGUUCAUAGUGGUGCUGAUGUUCAUCAUUCCCAUGUCCAUGGACUUCAUGAAGUUCUUCUGGUCUUCUAGUUCUUACGAAGAGUUGGCAGCGUCUAAGCCAUCCCCUGGUAUUGUUACUUGGGCGAUUCUAAAGGACAAAGUCCCAUGGGGACUUCUCUUCUUGUUGGGUAAGUUAAAACUACAUUGGAAACUAUUACAGAACUAUCAUAAUCAUCAUUUCAUGUAAUCUCCAUUGCAGAAGCACGACUCACACCAACUUACUAUAGGCAAAAAGAGGAUUUGUCGCCUCUUUCUUACGACAUCCACAAUAAGAGUGGGAGUGGUUCUACCUAUACUACUCUGUCGGUGUUUAAAACGUGAAAUCCUUGAGGGAGAUCUUUGUACAGCAGUGGAAUCCUUAGCCUGAUAUGAUGAAUUUUAAAAUAUUAUUAAAAUACGUUCUCCUAUAAAUGCCAUAUUAUGACGUCAGCGUCAAACGUUCAGCGUCAAAUAUUUAUAAAGUAAGCAUUGUGACGCGGCUUACGGCGUUUAUAACACAGCCUUUUUGU